CCUCUUUCCCUCCAUUCUAGCCGUCCCCACACAUGCUCACAUCAAAUCGUAAGGACCUGGAUGCAGCUGGACGAAUUCAUAUAUGCGCGAGCUGAAACACGAACAUCGAAACUUCGUGACCAAAUUUUUACUGAUAUUGUAAUUGGAUGAGUAUAUAAAGCAUCAUCGAUGAACGUUCCUGGUAGUGCAAUAUGCGUUCGCAACUGUCCAUCACGCUCUUCUCUCUUCUCACUACAGCUUUCGCAAGCACUGGUGUGCUUCUUCCGCUUUAUGUCUAUCCUGACGAUAGAUGUACUGCGUGGGAGCCCGUCUUCGAAGCCAUAACUUCCUUCCCCUCUCUCCUCUUCACGGUCAUCAUCAACCCUUCGAGCGGUCCCGGCACCGGAGACUCUACAUAUGAAACAUGCAUUUCCACCCUCAAAAGCACUGGAAGCAAUGUGGUCGUCGUAGGCUACGUCUCAACGUCGUACGGUAGCAGGGCACAGUCUGACGUCGAGGCCGACGUGAGCACCUACACCAGCUGGGCAGAGUCGUACAGACCAUCGGGAAUAUUCUUCGAUGAGGCAAGCACGGAGGCAUCGGAUGUGUCCCUGUAUCAGACAUACGCCUCCGCCGCUCGAUCUGCCUUGGGAGGCACGGUCGUCUUGAACCCCGGGACGACUACGGACGAGGGUUACUUCUCGUUUUCGGAUUUGAUCGUCACCGUGGAGGAUUAUUACUCCAACUUUGAAUCUUCGAACCUCCAAAUCAGCGACUCGACACCUGCUUCCAAGCAGGCUGUAAUCUUGCAUGACGCUCCUUCGCCUUCGUCUCUGCCCGACGGAUUUUUGUCUGACCUUACUGGGGAAGGGAUUGACGCGGUGUUCAUAACCGAUGAGGAUAACAGCAAUGCGUAUUCUGUCAUCUCUAGCACCUGGCUGGAGUUUUGUGAAGAUGUGGCAGAUGCGCAGUGAUCUCGUAUGAGCGGGUUAGUACCUAUUAGUACUUAUAUCUGUACUGCCCAACGUAAAGAACAUACGAACAUGAAAUGGAUUCGUCGCUUCUAGGGCAGAAAGUUCCAUCGAAUCAAUGAAGUAUAGUAUGUAUAAUUUAGUCAUACAGUACAAACUACAGGCAUCACAGGUGCUCUACACUAUGACGAGCCGGACAAUGCUACGAUACCAAUGUAUAAUCAAG